UUGCCGGAUUUGGCCAAGCAGUAAGCUACUUGAGCAACCAAAAAAAAACACUUUGUUACGCAGUACACACCUGAGCUGCUGGUGCAUGGCACUUGAAGUAAACAUGUCCGCGUCACUGUUAAUCCUCGCUGUUCUCAUCGUGAGCAGCGUCUGCACUGCUCCCCGUGCGCUGGCGGCGCGCGAACUGGCCGGGGAGGACGCCGCUGCCGAUGCCACCAUGGCGGUGCGGCACGAGAAGUGGAUGGCGGAGCACGGGCGCACGUACAAGGACGAGACGGAGAAGGCUCGGCGGCUGGAGAUAUUCCGGGCUAACGCCAGGCUGAUUGACUCGUUUAACGCUGCAGGGGCGCACAGCCACCGGCUGGCCACGAACAGGUUCGCCGACCUCACCGACGACGAGUUCCGGGCCGCGAGGACCGGUUACCGGCGCCCGCAGACCGUGGCCGGCGCAAGGGGUGGCCGGUUCAGGUACGAGAACUUCAGCCUGGCGGACGCGCCGCGGAGCAUUGACUGGAGGAAGAAGGGCGCGGUCACCGGCGUCAAGGACCAAGGCUCCUGUGGUUGUUGCUGGGCGUUCUCGGCGGUGGCGGCGGUGGAAGGGCUGACCAAGAUCCGGACGGGGCGGCUGGUGUCGCUGUCGGAGCAGGAGCUGGUGGACUGCGACGUUUACGGCGACGAUCAGGGCUGCGACGGGGGCUUCAUGGACAACGCCUUCGACUUCAUCGAGCGCCGCGGCGGGUUGGCCUCGGAGUCCGGCUACCCGUACCGCGGGGAGGACGGGUCGUGCAGAUCGGACGCCGCCGACGCGGGGGCUGCGUCCAUCCGCGGCCACGAGGACGUCCCCGCCAACAACGAGGCCGCGCUCGUGGCGGCCGUGGCGCACCAGCCCGUGUCCGUGGCCAUCAACGGCGCCGACCACGUGUUCAAGUUCUACGACGGCGGCGUGCUGGGCGGGGACGGCUGCGACACGGAGCUGAAUCACGCCAUCACGGCCGUCGGGUACGGCACGGCGAGCGACGGCACCAGGUACUGGGUGAUGAAGAACUCGUGGGGCAAGUCGUGGGGCGAGGGCGGCUACGUCAGGAUCCGCCGCGGCGUCCGCGGGGAGGGCGUCUGCGGCCUCGCCAAGAUGCCGUCCUACCCGGUCUAGCUAGUCACUGUUCCAUCGGACACAAACGAUGCAUGGCUGCUGUUUGGUUCGGUGCUGGCACGUGCGUGCCGCAGAUGACACGUACGUCACACGUGCAUGGCAGAUUCGACUAUUUAAGACUAGAUUAAUACUCUAAAAUAAUUAAGAUGUGUAAGUACAAAUACAGUAUAGCAUGGCAUGUGGGUAGUCUCGACCCAUCAACCAUGCAGCAAAAAGAAUUAAUGCUCGGGGUUGUAUACGAUGAAUAUGUAUUAUGGCUUGAAACCAAUAAA